AUGCGUGAACGGGACAUUCCGUACAAAGCAGUGAGCCUCCCCAGUAGUAUGCUCAGGGAGUGGCUAGUGAUGCUACAGGGGCUAAGUAACGUCCAUGUACAGCUCAGCAGACGUGGUACAAAUCUGUUGCGAUCGGUGCGCGAUUUUGCACCGAGUUACUUCGACGAUGUCUACGUCCACAGCCGGGCCAUGGAUGGAAAGACGGACGUGGAGGUUCAUAAAGUACACGUCCGAAAGAUUCUUACACUAAUGCGAGAGCAAAAGUUCUUCGUGAACCUCAAGGAGUGUAAAUUCGCAGCGAACAAAAUACCACUUCUUGGCUGCAUCGUGGGUAAAAACGGUGUACGCCCUGAUCCGGAAAAGAUCCAGGAGAUUAGCGACUGGUCUGUGUCAGUCGAUGUCAAGGGACUUCGAAAGUUCCUUGGCUUAGCGGCGUACUUGCACAAGUACUCGCGCAACUAUGCCAAGAUGACCGUACAUCUCUCUCGUCGACUAAAGAAAAACGAGAGGUGGUCAUCAAGUGCUGAUUGUCAGCACUCCUUCGAAGGUAUCAAGAAAAUCUUGAUAUAA